AUGCCUGACAUCACAACUCUGCCCAUCUAUUCGUCAGUGACGGACGACCAAGAAGGCGACGAAGCAAUUCCCAGCCAUCCACUUGGUGUGAAGCCGACCGGGAAUGGAUUACUGGCCUCAUGGAGUCUGCGCGACUCUAUCGGCUCCUUCCAGCGUCUGCCCGAUGAAUUGCUACUGGAGCUGCUCGAAUACCUGAAUGGAUCAGACUUGCUCAAGCUUGGACGCACGUGCAAGGCGUUUUAUGCAUUCACACGUGCUGAAGAGUUAUGGAAAACUCUUUUUGUUGGAUCUCCGCCAGAAGAUUUCACCUGGCGAGGGACAUGGCGCUCCACGUAUCUCAAUCUCCCCCCAUCGAAAGUCUCAGUGAUCGAUUGCUCCAAUCUUUACUCUGAUGCCCUCUAUCGUCCCUUCAAUUGCGCGCAUAUUUCUCUCGAGCCCUAUGUGACGAAGAUCCCCACGCGCAACCAGAUUCCUCGUUUGCCUGAUCUUUCAUCAGACGAAUUUCAUGAGCAAUGGGCCGACAGGCCCUUUAUCUUGACCAAACCUGUGAAGGAUUGGCCCGUUUAUAAUGAUUGGAAUAUUGGAACCCUCUUGGCUCGUCAUGGCAAGGAAAAGUUUCGUGCAGAGGCCGUAGACUGGCCGUUAGAAACCUACAGAGACUACAUGGCAGAUAAUGCCGAUGAGAGUCCGCUGUACCUGUUCGAUCGUGCAUUUGUCUCGAAGAUGGGUCUUGCGGUGGGCCCGCCCGAAUCGACCCCUAACGCGGCAUACUGGCCACCAGCCUGCUUCGCCGAGGAUUUCUUCGCCGUCCUUGGCCAGGACCGUCCAGAUCAUCAAUGGAUGAUCGUGGGCCCCGAGCGCUCAGGCAGCAAGUUCCACAAGGACCCGAAUGCGACCAGCGCCUGGAACGCAGUUCUUCGGGGACCGAAAUACUGGAUCAUGUUCCCAUCGGGUGACAAGCGGCCUCCGCCACCAGGUGUCUUUGUCUCCGAUGAUCAGAGCGAAGUCACUUCGCCAUUGAGUAUCGCCGAGUGGCUGCUCAACUUCCACGCCGAGGCUCGGCGCACUCCAGGCUGUAUGGAGGGUAUCUGUGGCGAGGGCGAGAUUCUGCAUGUUCCUUCAGGAUGGUGGCAUCUUGUGGUCAAUCUCGAGUCAUCCAUCGCUAUCACUCAGAAUUUCAUCCCCCGGUCACACAUUGGUGCCGCGCUGGAUUUCUUGGCGAACAAGCCGGAUCAGGUGUCUGGGUUCCGCAAGAAUGUCGAGAAUCCCUACGAGCACUUUGUCGACGGCAUGAGAGAGGCUCACCCUGAGCUCCUGGCACAGGGUCUUGAAGAACUGCAGAAGAAGGCCGACGGCAAGAAACGCAAAUGGGAAGAGAUUGUCCACGGUAAAGGUGAACAGGAUGAGGGUACCUCGGGCGGCUUCAGCUUUGGAUUCGGGGAUGACAGCGAUGUUGAGGUUCCUUGA